AGGCUAAGCCGCCUCGGCCUGGCCUCGCCUGUGCGUGCAUGCCCAUGCAUACGCCGCGCCGGACGGACGAACGGCGGACGCUCUCCGGUGGUGACCAUCGACGAUCUCGAUCAAUGGCGACGACGAGCAUGCCGCGGCUGACGUCGACGUUCCUGGCAGUGGCGGCGGCGGCGCUGCUCGCCGGCGCCGCCGCCCCCGCCGUGGACGCGGCGAUUGUCGACGGCCUCCAGGUUGGGUUCUACAACAGGUCGUGCCCGGCGGCGGAGGAGGCCGUUCGCGACGUCAUCAGCUCCGAGAUCGCCAUGGACCGCACCAUCGCCGCCGGCCUCAUCCGCAUCUUCUUCCACGACUGCUUCAUCACGGGAUGCGACGCGUCCAUCCUCCUCGACGAGACGCCGUCCGGCGACGUGCCGGAGAAGGAGUCGUCGGCGAACGGCUUCACCCUCCACGGGCUGAGGUCGAUCGACGUCGCCAAGUCCACCGUCGAGUCCAUGUGCCCGCGCACCGUGUCGUGCGCGGACAUCCUGGCCUUCGCCGCGCGCGACGCCGCGGUGGCCGCCGGGAUCCCGUUCUACGAGGUCGCCGCGGGGCGCCGCGACGGCACGCGCUCCAACAUGGACGACCUCCCGGGGAACAUGCCCACGCCGAGCCACCAGGUCCCGCGGAUGACCGAGCUCUUCACCAAGCGCGGCCUGACGCAGGAGGACCUCGUCGUGCUCUCCGGCGCCCACUCCAUCGGCGGCGCGCACUGCUUCAUGUUCUCCAACCGCAUCUACGGCUUCUCCCAGGGCGCCGACAUUGACCCGGCGCUCGACCCGGCGUUCGCCGCCAACCUCCGGCGGGUGUGCCCGCCGCCGAAGCAGGGCGACGACCCGCAGCAGUCGCCCAAGGUGAGCUUCGACGGCCGCACGUCGGAGAAGCUCGACAGCACCUACUACACCGAGGUGCUGGCGGCGCGCGGCCUCAUGUCCUCCGACGACGCGCUCAUCAAGGACCCGCAGACGAAGCCGACCGUCGACCUCUUCGCCGGGGACGACGCCCUGUGGCAGCAGAAGUUCGCCGAGGCGAUGCAGAAGCUCGGCGCCGUCGACGUGCUCGUCGGCGAGCAGCAGGGCCAGAUAAGGAGGGAAUGCCGGCUGGUGAACAAGCAGUCGCGGCAGCCGGCGCCGUCGGUGCCGCGCCUGAAGAAGCCUCGGUUCCCCAGAUUCAUGCCCGGCUCUGGCUUCCACGGCUUCUUCUGACUUCUGACUGCUGCUGCUGCUGCUGCUACUGCUUGCUCAUGGCAAAAAAAUUUAAGUCUUUUAUCAUUACUAUUUCUACUACGAUUUGCUGCACUGCAAGUACGUACUACAUGUUAAAUUUCUUUCCGAAAAAAGUAUAUGUUAAAUUGGCUUAUUAAAAUAACUCCGCUUGCAAGAUAUAAGCAUUUAUAUCGUUGAUUGUAGAAGUAAUUAAUGUUUAUGGCAAGGUUGUUUUGGUACCAAAAAGUUGUUUUUUUUUCGACUUCUGUGUGGCAAACUGCAAGAAAAGACAGUGUAGACCCCUUGUUCUUUUCCGAUUAUUCAGCGUACCAUUGAAACGGGUUAUUUUUUCCACGCUUCAAAAGAUAUGU